UUAUUUGUUUAACAGAAAAAAAGUCUGUGUCUGUGAUGAAGGGAGAUUCAGUCCCUCUACACACUGAUAUUACAAAAAAAAAAGACGACAGAAUCAGAUGGUAUUUUAAUGACAUUCUCAUCGCUCACAUCAACGGAGAUCCGAGUAAGACCUGUACAGAUGUUCAGUGUAAUGAUGGUAAUGAGAGAUUCAGAGACAGACUGGAGCUGGAUCAUCAGACUGGAUCUCUGACCAUCACAAACAUCACAUCCACAGACUCUGGACUUUAUAAACUACUGAUCGCCAAAGGCCAAGAAAUAAUCUUCCAUGUUUCUGUUCUUGAAAAAAAGUCUGUGUCUGUGAUGGAGGGGAAUUUAGUCCCUCUACACACUGAUGUUUCCAAAAAAAAAGAUGACAGAAUCAGAUGGUAUUUUAAUGACAUUCUCAUCGCUCACAUCAACGGAGAUCCGAGUAAGACCUGUACAGAUGUUCAGUGUAAUGAUGGUAAUGAGAAAUUCAGAGACAGACUGGAGCUGGAUCAUCAGACUGGAUCUCUGACCAUCAUGAACACCAGAACCACAGACUCUGGACUGUAUCGACUACUGAUUGCCGAUGGCAAAGAAACAAUCUUCCUUGUUUCUGUUCUUGCUGUGAAGUCGGUGAAGCAGGGAGAAUCUGUCAUUUUAGAUACUCCUGAAGUAAAAAACCCAAAUGAUGACAUGACAUGGUAUUUUAAUGGCACUCUAAUUGCUGAAAUCACUGGAGAUACAAGUAAGAUCUGUACAGAUGGUCAGUGUGAUGAGAGAUUCAGAGGCAGACUCAAGCUGGAUCAUCAGACUGGAUCUCUGACCAUCACAAACACCAGAACCACAGACUCUGGACAAUAUAAACAGGUCACCAGCAACAACAGCCGUCGACGUCGCAGCAGCAGCAGCAGCAGCAGCAGCAAAGAGAAUAUAAAAAGCUUUAAAGUUACUGUCAAUGAUUCAGGUCUGUCUCCAUCUGCAUUUCCAUCUGCUGUAGUAGGAAUAUGUGUACCUGUUCUGCUGAUUUUUGCAGUUGUUGGUGUUGUUGUGAUUUGCUAUCUCCGCAGGAGCUCCAGAAAGGUCAACACAGACAUGGAGAAAAACAAACAAGACAAGCUACUGAGAAAGGACAACACUGAGACAGAGGAAGACAGAGGUCAAAUGACCUGAGUAGAGAACAGUUUUUGCAAUUUUAUAAUUUUAAUGCCCUUAUUUCUUGUGUGAAAAACUGUAAGGAUAUUCCAACUUUAUUUCAAAUAUGCCUUAUUG